GGGGACUCGAGAAACCUCAGUCAAAAAGACUGUUGAUGAUUCCUGUGCAUUUAAAAAGCUUUGUGUAUUCUGCAAUGGCCAACACAUCCUUGCUGAGUGUAGUAAAAUCAAAGAACUGCCACAUAAAGAAAUAAUUGACUUUUUAAAAUCUAAAGGUUUAUGUUUUCAUUGUCUCAAACAGAGACACCUUGGUAAGAACUGUAAAGAAAGAAUGAAAUGUCAGACGUGUUCUUUUCAGCACCCAGAUAUCUUGCAUAUCAAAAAAGAGGUUGGAGUGACACCUAUGGCUAUAGCCAGCAUGGAAACACCUGCUGAAAGGGAGACUGAGACUGGAACUUGUACCUUUACUGGGGCCGGUGAAGAGUGCGUGCUGUACGUGGUUCCCGUUAAGGUAAAAUUCAAGAAAAGUGAAAGGUAUGUGGAAACAUGUGCCUUUAUAGAUCUCAGCAGUACAGUAACAAUUGGCACUGAAAAGCUCCAGAGACAAUUAAACCUUCAAGGGAGAAGAACACAAGUAUUCCUCAAAACUAUGAGUAAUUAUGAUGAUGAUUCAAAAAUGCUAACCCAAUGUUCUGUCUUAUCAGAUUUGCAAGUCUGUGGUCUCAAUAAUGAUGAAUAUAUUGAUUUGUCAAAAGUCUUCACGCAGGUCUCCAUUCCAGUGAACAGAGAAAGUAUUCCACUAAAAGAAGAUAUCGAUAAGUGGGCAUAUCUUAAAGAGAAAUUGAAGAUAUGCUGCUGCAACAGUAUAACACAGAUUUUCCAGAGCGCAGCUGUGAAGAGAAAGCGGAAAUGUCACAGGAGGACAUCAAGUUCAUGCACAUAGCCUCAGAAUCUGCGAGACUGGUAGGUGGUCACUAUUGUUUAAAUUUGCCUUUGAAGGACGAAACA